AUGCUACCAAGAUCCUACCAACAGAGGUGGUUACAGAUAGCAACAGACUUGAACACAGCAAUGAUAACCCAAUUCCAGAGAUAUUACUUUGCCGAAACAGACGACAAUCAAGAUACAGCAGACGACACAAGACUUCAUAUAUUCGUCGACGCAAGUAUUCAGUCCUACGGUGCAACAGCCUAUAUUUGCAGAAGAAAUCACUCAUCAUUAGUAAUGGCUAAGAACAGAGUCGCACCAUUGAAACCCCUCACCCUACCAAAACUUGAACAUAUGGCGGCUGUAAUAGGAGCUCGACUUUCCCAACAUCUACGAAAAGCACUAGGAAUAGAAAAGAUAGAUUACUGGUCAGAUAGCCAGAUAGUUUUACACUGGUUGAGUAACCCGGAAAACACCAACCGAUUUAUACGGAGACGGUUUGAAGAAAUAAAAAAUCAGACCGGAACCGGAAGUUGGCGAUAUUGUCCCACACAGAACAAUCCCGCAGAUCUACUUACCCGUGGAAUAUCGGCAAGCCAAUACUAA